AUCAUGUGACAGAGCAGUGGGUCUCUGCAGUCAGUGUUGGAGUUUGCUCCGUAGUGUUCGGUCAUGGAACGCUAUGUAUCGCUGUUCGCUCUGUGCCUGCUGAGCCUGGGGUUCAUGCAGUCCAAAGCUUUUGACAUAGAAGUAAAGGAUUCUUCAAAUCAUACUUGUAUACAUGCCAGCCUGAUGGUGAACUUCACAGUACAGUAUGAAGUAAACUCCACAUUUUCUAAAAACUCUACUUUUUCAGCACCGAGUAACGUAACCAUAAACGGAAGCCAUUGUGGGGAAAAUGGUGGAUCACCUUUACUACUAGUACACUUUGGGAACGGUAACUCGUGGAGUUUAAACUUUACCAAGAACAUCACAAUGUAUAGUGGGGAUAUACUCAAUUUUACUUACAACACAAACGAUUCCACAUUCUUCCCAGAUGCACUUAAACAAGGUUUAAAAAGUUCCCUCACAAAGUUCCUUGAUCCAGUUCUCUUAAACCGUACUUACAAAUGUAUGCACAAUGAGAUUUUAAGGUCCGAAAAUGUCAUCCAAGUUAUCUGGAAUGUAACACUACAAGCGUAUGUACAGAAUGACACACUUGGCCAAGAGGUCAUAUGUGAUGCUGAUAAACCAGUAGUACCUACCACACCAGCACCAACCCCGCCUGCACCAACCCUGAAACCAGUGGAUAAACCAUCAGUUGGUAAUUAUGUUGUUUCUGACGACACUGGGAAAUGUCUCCUGGCUUCUCUGGGUCUGCAGGUCAACGCGUCCCUGACCGUAGAAGGCAAGAAUGUAUCUGUGUUGUAUAACAUGAACCCAAACACUACAAGCAGCACUGGAACCUGUGGUAACGAUACUGCUACUCUAAGACUCAACGAUACCAAGGUCGCAAUUGAAUUUGAUUUUGCAAUUAAAAAGAACAAUUUUUACCUGCAAGAAGUUAAUCUCACGCUGGAAAAUGAGCUUGGAGCAUUGUCGGGAGCGAUACAAAAUCAGAGUUUCUGGGAGGCUUCUGUAGGAAGUUCAUAUUUGUGCCACAAAGAGCAAGUAAUUUCCGUGUCGGGAAACCUGCAUAUUAACAUGUUUGAUGUGAGGGUCCAGCCUUUUGGAGUACAUAAUGGAACAUAUGCAACAGCUGAUGAAUGCUCACUCGACGGUGACUCCCUUCUAAUUCCAAUCGUAGUUGGUGCUGCACUUGCAGGCUUAAUUGUCAUUAUUGUGAUUGCAUACUUAAUUGGUAGAAGAAAAAGCUAUGCUGGAUAUCAAACACUAUAAUGGGCCUCCAUUUUGAACUAAUUUGCACUUGUUAUUUAAAAUCCUGUUUUGUUUUGUUUUUGUUUUUUUUCAUUGAAAUUUCAUCAGCUCAUUCUUUUGUGUGUUUUAUGUUUAGUCUGUCAUUUUCAAUUGUUCUGGAAGCUUGGUUUAUAUGUAUUUAAAAAAAAAAAAAAACAUUUUGAGAGAGGGUUGAGAGAAACUGCCCACAAGACUGUUAUGUGACCAAAUGGUAAAAUACUAUAUACUGGUGAUCUUUAAUCCUUGGUUUUAGUCUUUUUCAUUUUGUUAACUUUUAGUAAUUUUUCAACACCAAUGCUGCUAGAGUUCUGACAUAUUAAAAGGGAAUGGACACUUAAUUGCUGCCACCAUCAGAUAUUUAGCACAGACUUUUCAGCGACCUAAAAUGUAAGGGAGUGUAACUGCAACUCUGUCAGGACAAGCAAAAUCUGCUAGGGCUACACUAAAGCUUUUUAGAUCAGGGGUGUCCAAAAGGAAGAUUCUUUCCCUCUCCCUCCAGAUGUGUUUAAAACUUUAGCUUCAAUGAUGCUUGGCCAUUCUAAAGCAUGCAAAGACUCAUGGGAGUUGCAGUUCUAAAACCUCUACCUUUUGGGCAACCCUGUUAUAAAUAACUGGUCAGGAACAUGAAUACUUAAAGUAUUGCUUCUAAUGUUGUCAUGAUGGCAUUUGCAGUGACGGUUUGUGUACAUGCAGUGUAAACCGUACUUUGCCAUAUAGAAUAGUUAUUAAAAUUAAUUUAUCACUUGUAAAGGAAUUUUUAAUAACUUUUCCUAGCAAAGUGGUUACUGCCACUAGGCUGCACAUUCACUCUAGUACAAAGGGGUAAUAUUGCUACUGUUGCAAUUUGGGUUUUGAAAGCUUGGACUGAAGGUUAGUUUUGAUUGGUCUAUCACACUCCAUACACUGAAACCCGUACUAUCCUUCCAUAUUGAUUUGAUAGCUACACCACUUUAAAGCAGUAUAGUCUGGUAUGUUUCUUAAUCCAGUGGCAACUUUACCUUGGACUUUGUAUAAUUUAGUUAUCACCAGUAAAGCAAUACAAAGUCUGCUUGAGUAGUUCCUCUAGAAUACAGUGCCCGUCUGAUAGUUUUUAAGGUUUUUUUUGCUUUCCCAAUGUGCAUUAGCCAUGUGAAUGCCAGGAAAGCAUGUUGUGGCACUCUAGUUUUAAGACUACUGGGCAAAUUUCUAGCAAUGCAUUUUGAAAGUUUUGCACGAAUACGAAAGUGGGCAAGGUGUUUAACACAGUGAAUGCUUGUUGAGGUGGGAAAAACUAAAAUCCAUUGUUUACCCUCAUAUUUAAAUCUCUUUGGUUUUGUAUGUUUUCUUUUUGUGGACUGAUUAAACAUUCAAUUUUUUUUA